AUGGAGCAAAUGUACCUGAUAGAGAUAUUCAUUGACAAAGUGACAGUUUUUGCGUCUGACGAGAACGAAAAGAGCGGAGCAGACAAGAAUUUGAUUAUCAAAAUAAAAUUCGGUCCUAAAGUGCAGUUCAUCAUCAAGGAAGGUCAGUUGGCAGUGAAUGAAAAGACAACGGACGACAUCGUGGAGUGUGACGAAAAUGGACGGAGGAAAUGGUCACGAACAAUAAGGGUUGGAAAAUCUUAUCUGUUCCCUUCAUAUCCCGAUACUGUUCUGAUGAUCCUCAGCAAGUUUCCUUUAGAGAUUGAGGUUUGGAACGACGAUGAGAAUGAGGUUGAAAUCUUCGUUGGAAUCGGUACAAUGCACUGGGAUACGAAGUUUUUCCACAUGCUCAAAGACACUGCAGAAGCCUGUAAACUCCACGAACCAUUAUCAAUUAAACAAUGCACUCCGUUAUUUGCUGAAUGUUGCUGCAGGCAGGUCGGCGAGAUAUCCUUCAUUCUUCGACUAAGUGCUUUAGGAGACAGUAUUAUAACAGAGUUUCAACAAUUAAUGAAAGAUCCAGAAUCUUUCGUAUUUCGGACAAACAAAGCGCCUAGUAUGUUUCAGUGCAAGAGAGUAGAUGGUGCUGAUCCCAAUUUUUGUAUGGUAGGAAGUUUGUAUGAAACAACAACAUUAGAAGAUCCGGACAUUGCUGAAUCGGCACGUAAAAAGAUUGAAAUUUGCACAGAGCUCCAAAAUUGUGGCGCGGGGGGAGGAACAGGGCAAGCGACAUGCGACUAUGGAGAAGAUGAUAUGAUGCAAACUCAAAAGGAAUACCCCAUUGAUAAAAUAAGGAUGGGCGAUAUUACGGGACCGUGUGGCAACGCAAAUUGUGCACUAGCACAUAAAGUUAAGACGUAUUUAAGAAAUCUAGAUAGCUACAAAGUUGCGUCUGGUGGUGUUUCUGGGACAAAAGAUGAAAGUAGCAGAAAAGCAUGUGGAACUUGUUCAUGUAAAGACGACCGUUGGCAUAGAGAAACUUGCCCUGAAAAUGAAAAUUCAGAUGGUGCACAAAAUAAUGCUGUGUGCACAGGAUGUAGUGGAAUAGUUAAAAAAGGGGAUACUUGUGAAGACAAGAAAAAUAAAAUGUAUGGUACUGGGGCAACUCCUAAAGGCAGCAAAACGCAUGUUGCAUACGUAUUUAGUGUCACAAAAGUACCAGACUUUAACCAAAGUUUAUUUGGCCAGAAUUACACUAUUGGCAAUUUUACUAACAACAGUAACGGAGCUCCAGGCGUAAACAAAACUGAAAACCAAAGAUUCAAUGAAGUUGGAUGCUGCUGUCAAAAGUUAGGUCAAAUACAGAUAGAAACAGAGAGACAAAAAAGCACUAAAUCUAUUCCGCAAACUUCAAAUGCACAAUACAAGGAAAUCAUGAAUUCUCUCGUUUAUCUCGCUGAUACAAGCGACCUAAAGCGAAAGAUACCCAUUUAUAAUUGUACAGAGUUGACGAACGAAAAAGAUUGUAAAUGCGAUCCCCCAAAACCGAAACCUCCAUGCAAAACCUUAGACUGCGACUGCAUAGCAGAAACUGCUAAUAUUGCCGCCAGAAAAGCUCACAAACCUUACUGCCCCUCUUAUAAACACAAAAACAAUUGUCCUGUCACUUAUUUAAUGCAUGAAGACGAGGAAAAGAAGAAACCAGACGACGACGAAGAUGAAAUAGAACCAUUACCGUACGGCUUGCCACCAGUUCAGCUGGGUCCUUGUCCGGUGCUGGGCAGACCUUGCACAGUACCCGAUGGCUUUGCGAGAAUGUACAAGACAGCGGCAUUGCCAACGCAACCGCCGAGCUACAGUGACGCCGGCAAAGUUUGUUGCUCUAAAGAAUACGAAAGAAUUAAAAAGGCUAUCAGAGAAUAUAUGAAGAAGGACAAGGAUGAUGAUUUCAGAUGCGUUAAUAAGUUUAAUGUGGAUACAGAGCGUCGUUGCUGCGAUAAGGAGCAGCGUCUCUUUCCGUUAACCGGCAAGUCUUGUUGUGGCUCGCAUAAGCUAUCCAUACAAGAGAAAUUUAAAGAGGAAAAGAAGCACGACUGA